AUGGCCCGUCUUACCGUGGAUCAACGUGCUAGACUAGCUCUAACUAAUUUAAGAAGUAUGAUGAUGAUUCCUUCUGUGAAGAUGCGUACAAUAUUGAUCAGGUUCAUGCUUGAUGUUUUUGACCCUGCCACUGGUACAUUCGAAAUAGGAGAGAACAAUGGCGCGGUGUCUCUUGGUUUUGUCGAUGUUGAGUGUCUCCUUGGUCUGGUUAAUGAAGGUUUUUCAGCUGGGGAAAUACUUACCGAGGAAGGUGAAGACGUGAAGCAUCGCAUCCCACCACAGUUCAUAAGCAAAUCAACCGGUAACAUCAUUAUCGACGAAUUAAUUGACGACAUCAUUAAAAGUAAACUUACCGAUGAUGACUUCCUGAGGAGGGUAGUGCUAGUGCUUCUAGGAACAGUACUUGCGCCUAUGGUGAUGAAGAUUGUUCCACACAAGUUCUAUGCACUAGUAGAAGAUGUGAACCAAAUAUCAAAAAUCAAUUGGAAUGCAUUCACUCUUAGGGUUCUGUUGGAUAGCAUUAGGCUGGUAAGAAAAGGUAGACAAAUCCGUCAGUGGCCAAAAGGGAACUUAGGAAUGUUGCAGUACUUGUACUGGGAAAAAUGUCAGCCGCUAGAAGGCGACUGUGCAUUUAAUCCUAAACUGUCCAUGCGCCCUCUAAUGAGGAACUGGAAUGAAGCAGCUGCCACGCGGAGAGACAAUUUUGACUAUGAGAAUGGUCGAGGUCGUGGUAACGUGAAGAUUGAUGAAAAUAUCACAGAAGAGUAUCGGUUGAUGGAGCCAGUUGUGCCAGAUCCUGUGGCUGCUCCUCAGAAUAACGCCAAGCCCGCGAGUGUUGUUCCAAAAAAGAAACAGGCUCCAAAACCCAGUGAUAACGGUCAGACGGAAAUUCUGAUAAAUCGUUUAAUGGGUUACCUUGAUGCACAAGUGCAGAAGAUGUUGGCUACCAUCCCUGCCUUAUGUGCUCAGAGAACAUUGGAGAUGUUUAAUAAGGAAGGCGUGACUUACAAACCGGCAGCCGCACCGGUUUCCAGUAACAUGGAGGACCAGGAAGAUGUCAACUCUUUCCGGAACGGGCCUCGUGAUAAAAAAGAGUUCAUGUACAAGGAAGAGAGCGAUUCAGCAGGAGGUGGAAAUUCAGAGGCUGCUAAGAAUGGUACUGCAAAGAAUACAAAUGAUGUUAUGGGCACACCUGCCAAGGCUAGUGGACUGAAUGGUACUCCACCAGAAAAGCCAUUUGGCGAUGUUGGUAGCACACCGGAUAAUCCGUUCAUCAUUGAAAAUGCUGAUCCGGUGACAUCAGAUUCAGAAAUUGAUCUUGACGCAGUAACUAUUAGCAAGUUCAUAUCUAAAUCAAAGGAACAUGAGUUGGCUGGGAAGAGGAAGCGAACAAUUCCUAAAAAAUUUCAAUCUCCCUAUGCUCUAGACAGACGCACCAAGCGUCAAGUCCGUGGUUCAUCCACAAAAGCUCUGAAUUUCGAUGACAAACCUGGAGCAGAUACAAAUGCAAAACUGGAUGCAUCAUAUGAUGUCAUAGAUGCUUACAUAGGGCAUUUGGAACUCCGUGUUGGGGAUGAUCAAUUCUUGUGUCCAGCAUGGAGAUCCAAAUUUCUAGUAGACCGGGCAAAUGCGGGAGACAAACCCAAAGAAUCCAGCAAGAACAUGGAUAGCGCGAUGGUAAGAUCUGGCGCGGUCGGUAGAGUGGUGACGGAAUACACCGUCCGUGAGAAGUUUCCACUCAACAUUGGCAAUACACACUGGACGACCGUUGUCAUGCACAUACCGAAGCAAGAAUUCCAAGUUCUCGACUCGCUUUAUCCUCUAGAGUUUACGUUGGAGACUGUUGAGGCACUUCGGCGCCAAAUUGCAGACGACAUGCACGUGGCCAACGAAGUCACAAGUGGAAAUCAUCCCGACGUUUCAAAGUGGCCGAUAUUAGAGUACGACAUGCCGCAGCAACAUGACGGGUGA